AUGCGCGUGAUCUGUCCGUUUCUCCGCGGGUUUCUGCCGGGGAUCCUGGUCGGGUUGUUUACCUCUCUCCUCUUCUUCUCCAUCUGGCGCCACCCCUCCAACAACCUCGAUACCCACCUUCAAUACACGGAAAGACUGGACCAAACCCCUAGACGAGAGGCAAAUGCAAACGGACCGAGAAACGGGCCUACGUCUACGGAACGGAGCGACCGUUCUCCCGAAGAAAACGAAGCCGACUGGACUCGCAGAAUUGCUAAACUCGCAGAAACGAGUAAAGUGGCGAUUCCAGGAGCGUUUGAUUUACUGGUUCUCGUCCAUUCGGCCGCAGAGCAGCGCUCGUUACGAGACGCUGUGAGGUUGACGUGGCUGCAGCGUGGAUCUCCGAACGGCGAGUACGUUGCACGGUUCGUCAUCGGAACACGUUAUCUUGACGAUAGCACACUGGCUGGUCUAGCCACGGAGAAUGAGGAACACGGGGAUCUGUUGGUACUAUCAGACGUUGAGGAGGAUGGUAACACAGAGUGGCCGAGCUCAUGGAAGAUUCUGCAAGCUUUCUCUUGGGCUGUAACCCACGUUGACUUUGCCACACUCUUCAAAUGCAACUCUGCAACUUUUGUAGACAUCGACAGACUCCUAGCAAAGAGGCUCACUCCGCAGAGGGGCACCAUAUGGGGCUACUUUGCAGGAGGUGUAAAGGCAGUAAGAUACUCUGAGAAUUCUGUUGCGAAAGAAGAAAAUUGGAUCCUCUGUUCCCACUACCUCCCAUACCCCCAGGGGGGUGGUUACAUAAUCUCGCGCAACAUUGUGGAACUCCUCGUGGAAAUGGGGCCUCACUUGGACCACUAUCGCCACGACGACAUAGCCCUGGGGGUGUGGCUUUCUCCGCUGAGGGGGAUAAAAAAGCAGCACGCUCUGUGGAUAAACUCGGGCUACUAUUCUCGUGGCUGCCUCAACAGUUUUGUUGUGAGUCACGCAGAGAGUGUGGAGUCAAUGGAGGCCAAGGCUGGCUCACUGGAGAGGAAGGGAAGGCUAUGUGAGAGUGAGUACCAGUCCAGACUGGCCUACCACUAUAACUGGACUGUUUCGGCCAGUCGCUGCUGCGUACGGAAAGUUGGCAUUCACUGA